AUGACCGACACACGGAUCAGUGUAUUACGUCUUGGACAUGUACACUAUCAGCACGCCAACUUCGAUCGUGCUGCAGCCUUUCUGGGGGACUUUGGCCUAGUCGAAGAGCUGCGCACCGAUACACGGCACUAUCUGCGCGGGUACGGUGUCCAACCAUUCGUAUAUGUCCUGGAGCAGUCGCCCGAUGACAAGAAUCAUUUUCUGGGAGGUUACUGGGUAGUGGACUCGAGAGAAGAGCUCGAGAAGGCCACGAGACUGCCCGGUGCGACUGCUAUAACCAAAUUGGAUGGGCCCGGUGGAGGUGAGGUAGUAACAGUGCCAGACCCCAAUGGCAACUUGGUCGGGUUCGUCCACGGCCAGUCACUGCGCGUCGAUGAUAGCACAGUGGGAACCCUGGAGCGUGGCGGCAACAAUGACGUGCAAAACACGGCGGUCGCGAAGUCCCCCAAGGGCGCCUUUCGCAGAUUCUCUGCAGGGCCAAGUCCUGUCCACAAGCUGGGCCACUAUGGAUACAUGGUGCCACCUCCCAAGUUCGAGGAGACUUUGUCCUGGUACACAUCAAUGAUGAACUUGAAGCCAACCGACUGCGUCUUUGAUCCAAGCACAGGCCAGGAUCAGACGUGUUUCAUGCACAUCGACCUUGGCCAGCGGUAUUCAGACCAUCACAUCGCGCAUCCAGAGCUUUUUUCUAGCAAAAGCCCGACUGCGCCCAAAGCGCACGUACAUCACUCCAGCUUCGAAGUCAGCGACUAUGACACGCAAUCCUUGGGACAUGAUCACCUGCGCAAGCAGGGUUGGACUAAUUGCUGGGGUAUCGGUCGACAUGUUCUGGGCAGUCAGAUAUUUGACUACUGGUUCGAUGCCUCCGGCAACGUUGUGGAGCAUUACUCGGACGGAGAUCUGGUAAAUGAAGACACAUCCAUGGGCAGAGAGGCAGCGGCGCCAGAUACAUUGUAUGUCUGGGGGCCAAAUAUUCCUCUGGCAUUCGUGACUGGGAAGAUUGGAGACGCAGGAAAAGCUAUGCCAAUGCCAACGCCGCCGGACGUGCUUACAGGUCGACCAGCGGCCAUCCCUGCUUCGUGA